AGCCGGGAGGAAUCGGUCCAAUUCUCGGCCGGGAAGUCUCUGGCCGGGACGGGUCAGGGCGAACCUGCCAGUGACUGGACUCAGCUUCUUUGCGUAACCAAUACUGGAAGGCAUUUAAAGGCGCCUCUGCCGCCACAGACCUUGCAGUUAACUCCGCCCUGACCCACCCUUUCCGAUGCAGUCCCUGAUGCAGUCUCCCCUCCUGAUCGCCCUGGGCUUGCUUCUCGCGGCCCCUGCGCAAGCCCACCUGAAAAAGCUCAGUAGCUUUUCCUGGGAUAACUGUGAUGAAGGGAAGGACCCUGCGGUGAUCAGAAGCCUGACUCUGGAGCCUGACCCCAUCAUCGUUCCUGGGAAUGUGACCCUCAGUGUUGUGGGCAGCACCAGUGUCCCCCUGAGUUCUCCUCUGAAGGUGGAUUUAGUUUUGGAGAAGGAGGUGGCUGGCCUCUGGAUCAAGAUCCCAUGCACAGACUACAUUGGCAGCUGUACCUUUGAACACUUCUGUGAUGUGCUUGACAUGUUAAUUCCUACUGGGGAGCCCUGCCCAGAGCCCCUGCGUACCUAUGGGCUUCCUUGCCACUGUCCCUUCAAAGAAGGAACCUACUCACUGCCCAAGAGCGAAUUCGUUGUGCCUGACCUGGAGCUGCCCAGUUGGCUCACCACCGGGAACUACCGCAUAGAGAGCGUCCUGAGCAGCGGUGGGAAGCGUCUGGGCUGCAUCAAGAUCGCUGCCUCUCUAAAGGGCAUAUAACAUGGCAUCUGCCACAGCAGAAUGGAGCGGUGUGAGGAAGGUCCCUUUUCCUCUGUUUUGUGUUUGCCAAGGCCAAACUCCCACUCUCUGCCCCCCUUUAAUCCCCUUUCUACAAUGAGUCCACUACCGUCACUGAAAAUCAUUUUGUACCACUUAUAUUUUAGGCUGGGGCAAGCAGCCCUGACCUAAGGGAGAAUGAGUUGGACAGUUCUUGAUAGCCCAGGGCGUCUGCUGGGCUGACCACGUUACUCAUCGCCGUUAACAUUCUCUCUAAAGAGCCUAGUUCAUUUCCAAAGUAGUUAAGGAAUGGGAACCAGAGUGUUUUAGGACCUGAAGAAUCUUUAUGACUCUCUCUCUCUCACUCUUUUUUUUUUUUUGUCACUAAGUUAAAAGCGAAGUGAGAGUAUUAACGUUUUUGUUCUCCUCCGGCCCCCUGUUACAAUGAAGGGGCAAAAGUAUUUGCUCUUAGUCUAUUCCUCCCUUAACUUCUGUGACUAAUUUUUAUUUCCUUUCUAGAUUUGCCCAGUUAAUACUAGGGUGCAGUGUAUCCUGGAGAGGUAGGGUGUGUGGGGGAGGAAUCCCUUGGGGGAGAUAUUAGGAGAGCUCUGUUGUUUACAAACUCAGGUACCCACAGGGCCUAGCAAGAGACUUAAAUGACUGAUAAGAACGUGAGAAACAUGUUGCUUCCAGGCUUGAUUUCGAUUUUUCCCUUUUUUUUUUUGAGACAGAAUCUCACUUUGUCACCAGGCUAGAGUGCAGUGCUGCACUCUCAGCUCACUGCAACCUCCACCUCCCGGGUUCAAGCAAUUCUCCUGCCUCAGCCUCCCAAGUAGCUUGGACUACAGGCCCUGCCACCAUGCCCGACUAAUUUGUGUAUUUUUAGUAGAGAUGGGGUUUCACCAUGUUGGCCAGGAUGGUCUCGAUCUCUUGACCUCGUGAUCCGCCCACCUUGGCCUUGCAAAGCGCUGGAUUACAGGCAUGAGCCACUACGCCCAGCCAAUUUUUCCUUUUUGAUUAAAGAUACUAUUACAAUGUAAAUAUUUCUUACACAGAAAGUCACAGCACACGUGCCCAUUGAUACAAGGCUGCUGAGGCCUGGUCUCCAGUUGGAAAUAUAAUUAAGGGUGGCAAGGACUGGAGUCAGUUGGAGAGUGCAGAGCCAGUCUGUGAAGACAACUGCCAGAUACUGGCAAUACUCCAGCCUGGUGACAGAGUGAGACUCUGUCUCAAAAAAAAAGUUUCAAUGUUUACUCCUAGAGAAGCCAAAAAUCCAGAUUUGUAUAUGAAAUCUUACCAUUUUAAAAGAUUGGCAGCUAAUUAUUUUUUUAAAAAGCUGUGCAGUGUGAUGUGUCCCAAACGGACUGGCUCAUGGAUGGCCACGUCACAACCUCUGAUCUCAGACCGUGCAUGCCUUGUCCUCUUAAGACAACUCCUGUGGCACCGUUUCUCCCUCCACAGGGCCAAAGCCAUAGUGUCCGGUCCCAAAGACAAGGCUUUUCCAGUGCUAGGAGAGGUAUGAGCAGCCUCUCACCUGUGAGCUGUGGGGAUCACAAGGCUGCCUGCCUCAGUCUUGGAGUCCUGUUGGGUGAAUGAGGCAGAUGGGAAAGAGCCUCACCAGCAGCUGCUGUUGGAGCAGGGGUCCAAGGAAGAGAGGGUGGCCUCGACAUCAAACUGCCUGGAUUUUUCUACCACCCUGUUACAUCAUAACAACUUCUGAAACACACACCAGCCCUGAGUUCUGGGCUCAUUUGAAGCCUGGAAUAGCAAUAAAUCUUUUUAACUUGC